UCAUCCUUUAACAGCAGAGCUUCAGCUGUUCUUAAAAUUUCCAAGGUGGCAUAUAAAAAGGAAAACUCUUGUCAAACAUAUGUUUACAACCACUGAUUGAUGCUCUUGCAGAAGAUAAUGUUACCUGAAGAGGAUCAAUUAGAAGCAUUACUCUUUCUUUCAUCAUAAAUCUCAGUGAAGCAGGAAAUAGUAUGAAACUUGAAGGAAAGAUAAACAAGUCUCAUAGGAGGAGUGCAGUAUGAUGAAACAAUAGGGUACAGAAGGGUAGGUGACAUUUCAGGCCAGCACUGAGCUGGAGACGACUCAUCUAAUUGUUGCCAACUUCCCAGCCCAAAGGAGGGGUAAUUGAGAAGCUAAACAUAGGUCCUGAGGAACACCAUCACAAUGUUAAAAAUUGGCUUUAGAGCGUUAAUGACACUGAUCCCUAAAAAUGAACUCAGAAGAAUCCCUGAACUGAUGAUCUCACAGAUAGCAGCUCAUAUUGUGGUCACGUUCACCUCUCAUUGACUGCAUCUUUUUGUCCUCCUUAGAAACGUGACCCCUCUGAAAUCAGUGUGCCCAUCAAAAAGCAAAAGCGUAGUGAACAAUUUUUGAUUUCUAUAAAUGGCGAAACUCUUUUUUAUUUCAGAAGUAGGACAGUGCUAUUUACUUAAUUGGACUAAGUCCUACCCGCUGAAAUUCAUGUGAAAUUCUGUUUAGUGGUUUAGCCUGCUGGGUCUGAAGCUGGAAAGAGAUAUUACUUUCCAUCUAGUGAAACAAGAGCGGUACUCAUUCUUCUCAUAAUCUCUUUGAAGCAUCUGUGCUUGAGGCAGAGGCUAAGGUCUCAAACUGAGGCGUUUUAACACACAGUCAGUGAUGUUGUGCCUAGCACUGUGUUGAGCCAAAUAAUUGCAUCACUGUGCCAUGUUUCUGCUUACCUAAUCCUUUCUGAUGCAAGAGAAAGUACCUGGGAAUUGCUUGGCAUGUUUGAUAAGGGUAAGUGGCACAGCAGCCUUGACUGCAUUGCACAGAGCCAGGGCAGCUUUCUUUUACCUGAAGGUCAGUAGCCCCAGCUUCCUGUGGCCUUGCUACCUGGGUGCAUUCAUGCCUGCUCAUCAUGAUCACUUUUCUUCCACUCUGUCCUGUAGACACUGCUACUACAGCUGCUGUGUCACUUUCAUCACAAAUGAGAGCUUCCAAUUCAUAAAAUCAUAAAAUCAUUACAGUUGGAAGAGAUCAAGUCCAACCAUCAACCCAUCACCACCACACCCACUAAACCAUGCUCCUCAGUGCCACAACUCCACAUUUCUUGAACACCUCCAGGGACAGCAACUCAACCGCUUCCCUAUUUCCAAUGCUUGAACACUCUUUUGGAGAAGAAUUUUUUCCUAAUAUCCAAAUUGAACUUCUCCUGGUGCACCUUGAGACCAAUACCUCUCAUCUUAUUACAAGUUACCAGAAGUGUAUCAUCUUACUCUUGCUUCAUUAACUGCAUUUUUCAGGCUGUUCCAGUACCCUGUAGCCUAGAUCUCUUUCCUGCUCCUAUGCUCCAGAUUGAAGUAAUUACCCCAUAACCUGCUGUUUUAUCUGUGGCUCUUCUUUGCUGGCCUCUGCCCUUCUCAAUCUCACGUGGAGGUUUGUCAGUCUUCUUAGCUGACAGCUGCAGCUCAGCCUGCUUGCAGCCCUUCUGGGAAAUGAGAAGGAUGCUAAGGCUGGUGAGAGAAAGUGGCAGCCCCACAGGGAGUGCGCCUGGCACCUCACAGCCCAGUUUUCCAAGCAACUUGCUUCAAAGGAUAGGUUGCUCAGAGCUCAUACCUUGGGAUCUUGGCUAAGAUGUAUAAACUCCACUAGGCCUAGGAUCUAUCAUGUUUCAUACCUGGCUCUAAAAGCUGCCUAUAUGUUGUUUUCUUAUUAUUUGUUUGGUUUUUAAAUCUCCUGCUUGACAUAAAAAGAUGUAAACAGGUGACAGGACUUAACAGUUAAUUUAUCCACAGGUGAAUGAGGGAGGACUUUCCUGUUUUUUGGCAUUCUGUAAAGGUUUUUCUUUCCACAGAGAAAGAAUAGGGAUUUUCUUCGAAUCAGGAGAGAUUUAUAUUUAAGCCCCCUGAAGCAACGGAAUUGAGCCCCAAACUUUCAUGGUUGGUAUUUGGAAUGGUAAGCUUACAGAAGAGAUGCUGCUGGAAUUUCUUCCCUAGGAAGCAUCCCCAAAGUCUCUGUGGGACCACAGAACAACUCAGGAUGAAGGAGACCUUUGGGCUUAGCACCUUGUCCAUCCUCUGGAUAACCCUUCACCAGAAUGCCAGCCUCCCACUCCUUGUUCACGUCUGGUGCGCUGUCAUGUCUCUGACUAGACUGCAAGAGUCUCAGACUGUGGACUUUCAUUUUGUCUACAAAAUCUUUAAGCAUUUUUUACUACUGAAGGAGGAAAAAAAGAAGUCUGGCAGGCACUCUUACAGGUCGGGACAGGCCAGGCAUGAUCCAGUGCCCCAGCGAGCCAUUUCUUUCCUCCCCAGCACAACUGCACAGCACAUCUUUCUGGGAGGUCUCCACAGAUAAUCAGCCCUCUCUGUUACCUGCUAUGUACAAUUCCAUAUUCUCUAUGUGUUCAUUUAAUACAUCUCUUUAAACUGGUGCAGAAUGCUCAGGAUCACUGCCCUCUUUCUCUUAGCUCUUUAAUGUGACUGAUGAACAAUUGGCUAAUCCCUUCCCUCAGUAUGAGGUGAGAUAUACUGUAGUACCAAGUCCUUCUCAUCCCUGCAACAUGCUCUGACGCAAGAUGGCUUUGGUCUUAUAUAGUGACAGAGGGAUAACCAACCUCUGAGUGUCUUCCUUAACACAGCAGGCAUUUCUUUCACCCUAAUUAAAAGGUGCCCAUGAUUGAUAGGCGGGUGCAUAUAGGCCUUCUCUUUCAAGAUCACAGUGUCUCAAAGUAUCCUUGUAAAUGCCAGGAAAUCUUUUGGUGAUAUGUGUGUAACUGCUGAAGAAAAAAAAUAUAUUAUUGAUGUUGUGCUGAAUAAGCAAUGAAGGCAACAAUGGCUACUAACAACAUGCCAGCUAGAGUAUUUGAAAAGAGGCUGUAUUUCCUCAUAGAUUUGUCUGUGAAAUAAGCUGUGGUUGCUGUGCACUGCAGCUGAGCUUUACUCAGGUUUAGGCUAUCCUUUUCUUUCCUUGUUUUUAAUACUGGUAAUUUGGAUACAUACAUAAUCAUCCCCACCGUCGCUUUGUAGGCACUUUUUAUUUCCUCUCUCAUUCACAUUAUUUGGAAGUGGAUCUGUGAGUUGUGCCUGAAUAUCUAUAUUUCUUGUAUUUGUAUUUUCAGCAUCUUCAAGUCGGAAUCAAUGGAAAGACCCUGAGGAAAUUAUUUUUGGCCUCCUAGUUGUAAAGGAGUAUGUCAUGCAAACCAAACACGCUUCUGCUUCCUUUGCUGCAGGCUAUUCCCCUGGGAUGGGGCAGACCCAUGAGGCAGGAUGUCUCACACAGAUAUCUUAGUGCACGGAGGCUGUGCGAUCCCCUUGUUACAUGUAUAAACGCUUGCAUAGGUAAAUUCUGCUUGAUGGGAAGCAGGUAAAAUGAAAUGGGGAGGCAGGUUCUUCCCCUUCUUCUUUCAGUGGGCAAUGCACCUGUGAGAGCAUGGGCUCUUGUUUUAAUCAUCUGACUUGCAUUGCUCAAACUAAGCAGUAGUUAAGGCAUCUGUAAGCAUCUGUAAAAUCUGAGCCCAGGUUUUGCUUCUCCUUCAUUAAAUGUAUGGUGGUGUGGCAAGCUGUUCUUCAUAAACUGAGUCCAUUUCCAAUUUUUUUCAUGAGCUGUAUUUUAAGAACAUUAUUUGUGUGUAUAGGUAUGACGCUUCUCACAAAUUAGAAAUGUCUCAUAAUGCUGAUAAAAUGGGGACUUAGAAUGAAGAAUUUCUUCACCUACCACAAUAACAAAUGUGUUGGAUGUCUAACCUAUGCUACACUGCAGUAUAUAUUGAUAACUGUGUAUCAUACUUCUAAAUGUAAUGAAGACGAGGUAACAAAUCCUGUGCCUCUGGAAAAGCCAUCCUUUGCAAAUUCUGUCUAUACAUAAUCUUAAACAGCAUUCAUACUGAUAGCAAAUACUAAAUGUAUUUUGUAUAUUUUGUAAUGCAGAGGGAGAGAAUGGCUGCUUGGCUGGAUGACAUUAGCAAACAGACCAUCUCUAAUCUUCUCUUCAGCGCAUAACCUACAUCUUGUUGCUAUCAUUCUUCUUUUCUUUGAGUGAAUAACUCUCAUUUCAUGAGGUUUUUCUAAGCAGAACCCAUCCUUCAGUAUGCCUGGUAAGUACCAAGUGCUUUUGGCUGUUUGCAUUCUGAUUCCUGGUUCCCAAUGCAGAACCAACACAGAUCUCCUAAAAUACAGUAUCAUAAAAAUCCAGCCACAUUCCCCAGGACACAAAGCAUUACUUAUCUUAAAGCCAAUAGUCAGGGCAGUACCGCAGUCAGACACUUAUCAUAUACAGGAUAAGGCUGGGAUCGUAGACUGGAGCUGAUAUCAGAAGGGCUGUGUGAUAUUCAGAGCAAAGCCAAGGCUGCUAAGUAUCACUAGAGCUGUGAAAAGGAGGAGAAAUCCCACCAAAUGGCAAACUAUCAUGGUAGCCCAGCCUGGACAUGCUUUGUAAAAAGCUUUUCUGAUGUAAAUGGUGUUCUUCAGGCUUUGAGGAAGCUGUCUGGGAAAAUGACUGUACACAGGAUUUUUCUUGUUACUCGGCCUGAUGGCUCACUCAGCAUCUUGGUGUCCUCACUGCCUUUUGGUCAGAGUCAUGUUAUUAUGAGUAGAUAAUUGUGUAUUUAGCUUGUAACUCCUUGGUUAAGACUACAAUUUAAAAUAAUGAAGGAAUUUAAUUUAUAUCAGUGAUGCUCCCCAUAUGAACUCAAUACAAGGCUAUAAUAAACUCAUUUAUAAGUGACACAUAUUUCCUUCAAACCCAGCCAAAAUGAAAAAUAUAAAAAUGAGAAGAAAUGACUUUCUGCACUUAGAGUGCUCUCCAAAAAGAGGACUGAGAUGGUUAAAAUUGCAUCUGUUGAGGCGUAUGAGCAGUUGGCAAGUUUCUUCAUAAUUUUCACAGGCAAAAUUAGACCAAUUCAAGAAUAACUGAGUCACAGGGCAUUUUGAUUGGAUAUUUCUUAGCAAGAAUCUGAAGCAACAUGUGCUUCAUGAAUGCUGUUGGCAAACAUCUUAAUGGUUUGUAAUUUGAUUUUUUGAGAACUAGUCAAGCUGAGGGUUAAGAUGAGGUUCUUAGACGUGGGAAAAUUUCCAAAAGAAUCUGAGUCUCCAUUUACUAAUUGAAGUCAUGUCAGGAAGCAUGUUUUAACAUGACCUUUAGGAAGUUGUUUAAUUUAUUAUUAAUAUACUAAUUUUCUCUUUACCCUCCAGUAUAUACAGCAGUCUUACACAGACUUUUUUUUCUCUAUGCCAACACAAAGGCGGAAAAAGGAGCUGCUGCCACUAACAAGGAAAGAAGGCUGGUGGUCAUUCCUGGAGAAGACGCCUCUCUCCUUAAUAGCCUGACACAGCGAGGUGGCUGCCCACAGAUUAGGAAACUGUUUCCAGAGCUCAUCAUCGCCCAAGUGAGGUGGUUGCCACGACAGGUUAUUCAGCAAUAGUUAUGAACUCCCGUUUACGAGCCUUAGGUGGGAGGAUAAAUAACAUACGAGCAUCAGAACUACCAAAAGAGAAAACUCGAUCAGAGAUAACCUGUAACGUUCACUUUUUGGAUGGCUCAAUACAAAGCUUCAAAGUCAAUAAACAAGACACUGGUCAGAUUUUGCUGGAUAUGACCUAUAGUCAGUUGGGUGUGACAGAAAAGGAAUAUUUCGGUUUACAGCAAAAUGAAACUUCAGUAGAUUCACCUUUUUUCAUUUCACAGCGAUGGCUUGAACCAAACAAACCUAUUAGGAAACAGUUAAAAGGAGGUUUUCCCUGCACCCUUCGUUUUCGUGUAAGGUUUUUCAUACCUGAUCCAAACACACUUCAGCAAGAACAAACCAGGCACUUAUUCUUCUUGCAACUGAAGACUGACAUUGUAGAAGGAAGGUUGUCAUGUCCUAUUAAUUCUGCUGUUGUGCUGGCAUCAUACGCAGUACAAUCACAACUUGGAGACUAUGAUGCUUCAAUACAUCAUUCAGGAUAUCUGUCCAGUUACAACUUUAUACCAGAACAGAACAAAGAUUUUCUUACCAAAGUAGAAGCACUACAUGAACAACACAGUGGCCUCAAGCAAUCUGAAGCAGAGUCCUGCUACAUAAAUAUUGCACGGACGCUUGAAUUCUAUGGAGUGGAAUUGCACAGUGGUAGAGAUCUCCAUAAUCUAGAUCUCAUGAUUGGUAUUGCAUCCAGUGGAAUUGCUGUGUAUAGAAAGCUCAUCUGCACAAGCUUCUAUCCCUGGGUGAACAUAUUAAAAAUUUCCUUUAAAAGGAAAAAGUUUUUUAUACAACAACGGCAAAAACAUAAUGAAUCCAGAGAGCAUAUUGUUGCCUUCAACAUGUUAAAUUACAGAGCAUGCAAAAAUCUGUGGAAGUCUUGUGUAGAGCAUCACACGUUUUUUCAGGCAAAGAAGUCACUACCUCAUGAAAAAAAAAUAUUAUCACAUUAUUGGACCCUAGGUUCUAGAAAUCCAGCAAAGUCUGUAAACAGUCAGUACUGCAGAAAAGUCAUAGGUGGAAUGGUUUGGAACCCAUCUAUGAGGAGAUCUUUAUCUGUUGAGCAUCUGGAGACCAAAAGCCUUCCUUCUCGAUCACCUCCUGUUACCCCUAAUUGGCGGAGUCCUAGACUGCGUCAUGAAAUUCGUAAGGCACGACAUUCAUCUGUAGAUAACCUUACAAAUGAGAUUUCUUAUAUUACUGAGACAGAAGAUGUUUUUUAUACAUAUAAGGGCUCUCCAACAUCCAAAGACAGUGAUUCAGAGUUCUCUCAGAACCACAGUCCACAGAGGAGGCCUUCUGAACAAGAAUCACCAAAGAAUGUAUUGGGAAAUAGUCCAACUCGGAAUUCUCUGACCCGUACCUCACCUAAAGCAUUGACUCAGUCUCCCAACGGAGUUGGUAACAUUUCUGACUCUUACCCUCUGGAAGGGGUGGAUAAACACUUCCUAGAAACAUAUGACAAUGUUACAAAAACUAGCUCAACAGAUGAUUCCGGUCAGUACUACUGUGAUAAGAAUGAGGUAAUUGAGGGAGAUUUACUUUUGGUGCGUAUCACACCAGAUGAAGAGGGGAAGUUCGGAUUUAAUCUAAAGGGUGGCAUAGACCAAAAAAUGCCCUUAGUGGUAUCAAGAAUAACUCCAGGAUCACCUGCUGACAAAUGCAUUCCAAAACUGAACGAAGGUGAUCAGAUAGUAUUAAUUAAUGGCAGAGAUAUCUCAGAACACACACAUGACCAGGUGGUCAUGUUUAUAAAAGCCAGCAGAGAAUCUCACACAAGAGAGCUUGCACUUUUGGUCAGGAGGAAAGUUGUUAAACAGUUUGUAGAGCCUAGAUUGGAAGAUGAAGUUGAUUCCCAGAAUCUCCCAGAAGCUCUUCUUUGUUCUGAAUAUGCUGAAACUCUGGAUGAGUCUAUGGAACAGCUAAGGAAAGGGCUGGAAAGUGGGACAGUAAUUCAUCAGUUUGAGCAACUUUAUAGAAAGAAACCGGGAUUGGCUGUUACAUGUGCAAAAGUGCCUCAGAAUAUGGACAAGAAUCGAUACAAAGAUGUUCUGCCUUAUGAUGCCACAAGGAUAAUAUUGCAGGGGGAUGAAGAUUACAUUAAUGCAAAUUAUGUGAAUAUGGAAAUUCCUUCUGUGGGCAUUGUGAAUAGGUACAUUGCUACUCAAGGGCCUCUUCCUCACACGUGUGCACACUUCUGGCAAGUUGUCUGGGAUCACAAGUUGUCGCUGAUCAUUAUGUUAACAACACUCACUGAACGUGGGCGGACAAAAUGUCAUCAGUAUUGGCCUGAUCCACCAGACGUAAUGGAGUAUGGCGGCUUUCGUGUCAGAUGCCACUCGGAAGAUUGUACAAUUGCGUAUGUUGUUAGAGAAAUGGUGAUUACAAACGUUGAGACAGAACAGCAACACACUGUCACUCAUCUUCAGUAUGUUGCUUGGCCCGAUCAUGGUGUUCCUGAUGACUCCAUGGAUUUCUUGGAGUUUGUGACCUGUAUGAGGCCAAAGAGAAUAGAGAAUGAGCCAGUUCUCGUUCACUGCAGUGCUGGAAUCGGUCGCACUGGUGUACUGGUCACUAUGGAAACAGCCAUGUGCUUAAUUGAAAGAAACCAACCUGUUUAUCCGCUGGAUAUUGUAAGAAAAAUGCGAGACCAGCGAGCUAUGAUGGUUCAAACAUCAAGUCAAUACAAAUUUGUUUGUGAAGCUAUUCUUCGUGUUUACAAAGAAGGAUUGAUUCGACCACUGGAUUCUAGUUAGCACAGCAGUGAAGGAUGCAUUUUUUUCCCCUAAAAAGACUGCUUUUUUAACUAAAGCAGGGGCUUAUUUCUCAAAGCAACUAGAAUGGACUAGAAGCCCAUGAGAAGACAGAUGAGCACAUUUGAACUGUGGCACUUUAAAUUUCUCAAGAAGAUUGCUAAAUCAUGUACAGUAUAAAGAAAUCAUGUAGAUAAAUAUGAGAGCAAUUGUGUGUAAAUGCUUUACUUAGGCACCAUAAGCAAUCAUGGAAACCUCAAUGCAUAUCUUUCACUGCCUUAAACAUCUCUCACUUUGGAAUUACAGAGAUCUUUGUGUUUCUUUUGAAAAUACGAAAGGAAAAUUAAUAGGACUGAAAUGACUCAGUUUAAGAAGGUAUUUAAUAUCUUUGUAUGAAAGUUCAUGGAAAGUGAAUAUUUGUACCUUUUUUACUGGGACAUUAAAUAUUUGUAGGAAUGUAACCUUGACUUCUCAAUGGCUGAUGAAGAGCUUCAAAGCCUAAUGCAUAACUACUGUACAUUAAGAAUAGGAGAAAUUAAGUAUUCACUUUCCAUAAGUCUAAUAGUAUGCCAGCUGUUAUAAUACUGUAUCACUGUAUGUGAUGUGCAAAACGAUACUUCAUUUAUACAUUUAAACAGAUGGUACAGUCUACAUCUUCUGUUGAUCAGUUUUACUUCCAUUUUGCCCUUUCAACAGUGACCUACUUCUUAGUGUUAGCUGUUGUAUUUCUUUUCUUCUGUUUCUACUGUCCUCCAAGACGAUUAUUUUUCACUGCUAUUUCUGUACAUGGACUGAAAACAUUCUAAGAUGAGGUCUUGCUCUCUUUCACCUUUGUUUCCGUGUUUAUUAUGAGUUCUCAGAUGUAAAUGUGGAUUAACAUUGCACACAAGUACUAGAUGUUUGACUUGCUGUAUAUGCAAAGUAGUCUAAUCCAAUACUGGAAGAAAAAAUUACUACUGAACCCAUCAAAUAUGUUGCUGCUAAUUCAAGGUGUGAAGCUUACAAGGACACAGGUGUUGGUAGUGUUCAGAUGGUGAUAAAAUGUUGACUUGCUGCCCUUCAGCAAAUGUGUUUAUCCAGUGAAACACAACUCUGUUGCAAGAGUUCUGUGGAUUUAUUGUGUUUCUUGCUUUAUGGAAAUGCAGCAAAAUUCAUGUGAAGAUUGACAUAGAAAGAGAGAAUGAAUUUGUACAUUGUUACAUGAUUCACCCUUAAGGUACACUGGUUUCCAUUUCAUUUCAAAUGGGAGAAUUGGACUUUCUGAACAAUAUAACCACAUUUGUAUGGUGUUAAUUUAUUUUGUGUGUGCUUUAUGAUUACCCUGAGAUAUUUCUUCAUUUUUGAAUAUUAUCUAAAAGAAAAAAAAAAAAAAAGAAAAAAAAGUUAUUCUAAGGGACUGUUUGAAACUGUUAUUAAAAAAAAAAUAGUCCUAAAUAAGGAAAAACAUUUAAGACAUGUUAACCAAAUGUUUAUAUGUAUAUAAAAAGAAAAAAAAGAAAAAAUAGAUGAUUUUCUUUUUGAAUAUAUAUAAUACACACAUAUACAUCCAGAUAUAUUUUAGAACUAUGGUUUGUAUUAUGGAUAUUGUCAUUUAUUUUUGAAGUUUCAUUAUAGAAACUGACAUAGCUAUAUAAUAUGCAUCUCUCAUGUAACCAGAAGCUUGGAUUGGUUUGUUUUGUGUGUUUUUUUUUCCCCAGGAGAUGACUGAAAAAUGAAUGUAGUAUAUGCUUAAUUGCUAAUCCUUGUCUCCUUUAGACUUAUUCCUUUCUUCCAGGUUACAUUACUGAUUAGAAGUAGAGGAAAGAAGAUUCCUAGCUACUUGGUUAAAAUAGAGUUUUUUGUUUGGAACACACAAGGUCAUCAGCAACACAAAAAUCUUCAUGGCUUUGUAGGUUGAAGGGUGAAUAGAUUUGUGUUCAUUCUUACAUAUUGCAUUCCUAAUUUUAUCAUUGCUUAAAAGUUUUUAUAGUAUAUGGGGUUUUUAUCCUCUUGCUUGAUUGGGCAUAGAUUGGAAACCAAAAGACGGUAAAUCUGGUCAACUCUUUACUUACUAAACUGCAUCAAGUCACUCAGUCUGAUCUGUGACUUCAAAUGUAAAAUACUUAUGGACACACAUUUUGCUUGGGAAGCUUUUUCAAAAGGUACAUGUGGAAAAGUGUUGUACAGGCUGUCAGCUGCUGUUUGAUAGCAUGUUGAGUGAGAAUGCCUAGUGACAUGUCUCCACUUGAGUAGUGGUCACUGAAGGAUCUGCCUGCUAUUUGACAGAAGCUCUCUUUUGCUGUUAUGUGUGUGCCUUUCUGUUAAAAUAUCUUGCUUUGAAGUUAUGCUGUGCCUAGAUCUCAUAGUCAUUGCUUGCAGUUUGUGUGGCUUUGUCAAGAAGUGAAAAAGGCACAAAGGGAAAAAAAAAAAAAAAAAGCAAGAGAAUAAAUAGAAAGUAUUUAGAGAAUCUUUGUGACAUUUGUUUCUUUAAUAGCAGUCCUUGAUUACCAUUUGUGUUCAAGGUUAGUGACCAAUUCCUACCACUAUUUAUGUUUCUUCAUGUUGAAAAUGUAUUUACCAAAACAUGGUAAAUUUCUUCAGUAUAUAACUUAUAUAACUCCAGUCUCAAGAUGCAUGACUUGCAUUAGUAUGUGUGUUUUUACAUGACCAUUGUCAUAUUGUGACGAGUGCUGCUCUUGUUCUGAUAAAGUUAGAUGGCUUUAGUAAUAGCAUUCCUAUGCUAUUAUUUGGAUUUUAAUAACUUGUGUGAAAUUGCUGGCCACUGCUGCUCCUCUUAAAGCUAUAAAAACAGUAAUCUGUGUAAUACUUGAUUUUUUUUUUAUUUUUUUUUUUUGUAAAACCAUAGAGAUAAUAUUAACUACACAGUUGUCCUGUACGUUGUGUCCAUCUUUAUUUCAGUGUUGCUGGGUUUUGCACAUGUACCUGUUGGGUCUUUAUGGGAGCAUGAAGAGGUUUUUGUCUUCUGUCUGUACCGUGCUGAUGACUUCACACUGAAUGAUAUAUGCCUUAGAUUUGAUCUGGCAACAAAAGCAUAAUUAUGGAAACGUCAUCUUACUGCUGGCUGUUGUUUCCACAAGCCUUAGGAAAUUAAAAAGGAACAGAGUUGCUUGAUUUUUCUUGUAAGAGUUAAAACUCCUAACACAAAAUGUUUAACUGCCACACAAUGGACAAAUAGCAGAAAGUGCCCUGUAGUCAGGAUUCUGUAUAGCCCUCCUAAAUGUUUUAACCUUAUAUUUCUCCUCUGCUUGUGUUAGCAUAAAAAUGGGCGUUCUAAGUUUCUAACAUUGUGGAGGAUGAAGAAGGAAAACCCUGGAGGUUUUCACCAAUAUGAAAUGCAGUGACAUUAUUUCCUUGGAAGUAAGCAGAUAUUUACUACUGGUUUUAUAUUUGAUACAGAAGUAAUUAAGAUGCCUAAUUCAGAGCAUCUUCCAAAAAUAUUACAAGAGAAUACUUCUGAGACAGAAGUGGGAGAGUCUUACUUUGUAUUGAAAAUGAGAAAAAUGGUGCCAUAAACCACGAAUGCCUUUUGUGUAUUGGGAUAAAGGAAACAUGAGUCAUUAAAAUACAACCAAACUUUACAUGGCUGUGGGGUUCUGCACAAAAAAAAAAAAAAAAAAAAAAAAAAAAAAAAAAAAAAAAACCUAUUACAAUCCAGGGUUUUGCUCUCUGUAACCUUGUCUUUAGGCAUUGGUACUAAGUUAUAAGCACUCACAGUAUACCCAGAAGAUCAGCAAUAUCUUUUAAUACAACUUCUUUUCAACAGUUGGUUUUCUUUUUUCCCUUCCUUUUCUACUAUGCAAUACUUGGUUAAAUAAAAAAUGUAAAGCACUGUAGCUCUAAAAUGUGUAUGGAACCAUGCAUUUACUUUAUUACAAGCAUAAUACUGUUUUACAAUACAAUUUCUUCCUUCCAGAUACUGCUCUUUUGUUUCAGACUCAAUGUGUAAAUGAUCUACUGAUUGAAAAUGUGGAAAAUAGGCAUAUGCGGUUCGUUUUUUGGUAAUUAACAUUUUAAAUGCAGUUAUUUCACUGAUAACAGCUUUAUUGUCGCAUCUUUAAAUGUAGCAUUUAAGAGCAAAUUUAUUUUAUUCAGUCACAUGAACCCUUUCCAGAGCUUGCACUGGGAAGUAUUUGUGUUUCAGUUGGUAAGGUGCAAUUAGUCUACUUGGUUAAAAGCAUUUAUGAAUUGAAACUGUAUAGAAGGUAAAGCUGUGUCAUGAAACACUUUGUUCAAAGGCAGUUGAAAGCCAAGUGAAUGAUUAAUUUAUUAUAUAAAACAUAAUGUUUUGAUUAAAUGGAUUUUCUUGCAUUUAAUUUCUGACACUGAUAGUGUUGAGCCAUCUCAGAUGACUGUCUAUUUUAACAAUAGCAUUAUAUUAACAGUUUAAAUAUAGCAAUUUAAUGCAAUGUGGUUUAGUUUUAGUGUGCUUUAACGUACUUUGUUUCCAUUGUUCAGUAGCUGUACAAGCUUCAAACAAUAGUAUCCACAGUCACCGCAACUUGUCUUAAGGCAAAAAGAAAUUUCUCCCACUACAAAGAAAUAACGAGCAGGUGGUUUUGAUAGAUUUAUCCAUUUUCCAACUUACCUCCUUCACAGUCUAGCUCUGAUUGAUAAAGGGCAGCAAUUGAGGGCCAAGAAUAUAAUGGAAAAAGCACAAUUGUGACCACUGAUGCUACAGUUAAGAUACCUUUAGCUGUUGACUUCAAAAUAAAUAAAGAAAUAAACAUCGUCACAUUCAUCUUGAGAUGUGACUCUGGGAAUUGGGAGCAGGAUGGGCUUUUUUACACCUUUUGUUGCAAACUACUUGGAUAAGAGUCUGUGUGCUCUUUUGAGCUUAGCUGCAGUUUAUGAGUCUUCAGUGAAUUUUUUGAAAUAUUCAAACAUUUAUUUUCAUGAAACACUUCAGUUUAGUGUUAGUUGCUCAGUUUCUUUUUUCUUCGCUUUCAUGACGUGAUUUCAUGAUUUGUCAUUGUACCUUAUCAGAUACUUUCAGGUUUCCCACAGCUGUAAAGCAGGCUCUGUCAUAGACAGCCCCAAGGACGUCGCUGUUGCUGAUGAAGCAACAUUACCUGUGCCUGCUGAAGGUGCUGUGUGGCACUGGGACCUGCCUGAGCUCAGCUCCUCCCUGAGGAAUUUGAACAGUGCUGUGUAACACUGAUGGAAAUGGUAAACGUAGUUUGAAAGACCAUGUAGGAAAUGUUUUCUUCUACAUUGGUAAUGUUUUUAUUAAAAAAAAAAAAAAAAAGUUUGUAAGGAAGAAAAUGUUUUAAUGGGUAAGGUAAGAGUGGAAAAUGUUGGGUUUUGUUUUCCCCCCAUGUGAAGUGCUUUUCUAUGUUCUCUUGGAACUGUUGCUUCAGUAAAAAAAAAAAAAAAAAGGUACCCUGCAUUUGGUGGGAUUUCAUUUUUUGUCAUACUGACCCAGAGAAGAAUUAUAAGAUGAAUUUAUUCCUUCCUUACUGCUCUGUGAUUUUAAAUAACAUUAAAGGAAGCUGAAAUCUUUUUCUUCCAAAAAUAAUUUUGGCUGCUUUCAUUUAGUGUUUUUUCUGUCAUGUACAUGGAGCUCAAAUGGAGGAGGGUCACUAGUGAGGUUGCCACAUGUGCUAACAGAAAUAAGCUUUGCUAGAUCAGUUAGAGCCAUUGCCUAUCAUCAGUUACCAACUGAAAUCAGUCUGUCAUCAUCUUCCUAUCAGCUUUCUACUGAAUUAUUGUUUCCUAAUAGGAAGUCUUUUGUAGCUUGCUCUUCAAGCAUCAGGGCGCCCUCCUGUUUUUGUUUUUGUUUUUUUUUUCCAGAAAAAAGAUAAGCCUAUUUACUAAAAUCCAUACAAAACAAACAUACUUGAAAAAAAACAAAA